AGAAGCUGCUUCUGAGGACUGGAGAAACCUUUUGGUCUGUAGGUAAUAGCUGUGUUUCUUGAGCAGGAAAAUGUCUGACACAGAGGAGCAUGUUGAUCCUGAGAAAAAAGCCGAGUCUGCAGCAGACAGCGAAGCUACUGCUGACAUUAUCAGUAUCCCUCGUCCUUUAGAAGAUGCAGAGGAGUCAGAUAUCACUGUAGAGGAGGAAUCUGAAAUGGAGGAAUUCACCACCGAGAGCGAGGAAACAACAGAGGGACAGAGUGAACGCACCAUUUCAACUGCAAAGUCCUAUGAAGCCAAACCCAGGGAAGAGAUUGUGUCCCCUGAAAAUACUGCAUAUUCUCAGGAAGAACAGACACUUCCAGAUUAUCAGAGGCCAGAAGAUGACGAGAUGAAGUUGCUGAGUAAAAUAAAAGCUUCAAAGGAGACUUUGCAGAAAUCAAUAAGCGAGGCUUCAGCAACAGUAAAAUUUGUACUUGUUCCUGUAGCCCAGGAAAUCAUAAUGCCUGUUAGAGUUGAUAUUCCAUUUAGAUAUCUCAAGGAGCACUUUGCACGCCUGUUACGUAUCCCACAUUACGUACUGCAAAUAACACAUGCAGGAAUAAUUGUUGGGAAUAGUGAGAGUCUAAUCCAAUACGGAGUUAAACCACAAGAAAUUGUCCAAGUGGAGAUAUUUUCCACACAUCCCGAUCAAUAUCCAAUCAGGAGAGUAGAAGGCCUGAGUGAAGGCUCCCAGAUCAUAACAGUCACCAUACAGACGGGCACCGAUCGCUACGAGGAGGUAGCUGUUGAGAUAGUAAAAUCUGACUUCCACAAGCCAUUUCUCGGUGGAUUUAGACAUAAAACAACAGGAGUAGAAUAUCACAAUGCCGGAACACAAACCAUACCUAGAAAGAUUCCUGAAAAACCCAAUCGGUUUUGUAGGGACACCCAGACAGUUUUUCAGAGAAAAAAGGUCCAACAAACUACAAAUACAACAUCCACUCAGAUGACUAAAAUUGGUGUGUAUAUAUCAAACAUGACUGAUAAACUGCUCAAGCCAGGGAGGUACUUCACAGCAGCAGAGUUCCACGCACGGAGAUUGAAGGCGGUGAUAGUGAUACAGACUCGCUACAGGCAAUGGCAUGCUAAGCGGUAUGUAGACAGUUUAAGAGAACAAAAGAGAAAGAGGCUGGAUUGGGAAGAAGAGCAAGAGCUCAAGAAGAUCAGAGAAAAAGAAGAGUGGAUGCAGAUGGACUAUUACCGGAGGCACAACCCUAAGACAAGCGAAGACUUUGAGCUCCUUUACAAUGCUCUAGAACUUUGGCGGCAAGAAGAAAUUGUACAAAUUGAUGAAUAUUUGAGUCAAGCCGAGAGGAAAGCUGCCCUGUGUGAGCUUUUGGAAAAAGAGACACAGAUCAUUUCUUCUAUCGGGAGACAUAGAUACAUCGCUAAUAUGGAGCACCAGGAAGCAGCUAUACAACGUUUUCUGGAUAAGUGUUCAGCUCCAAAGACCUGGAGAAACCCUGAUGGCAAAGUCAUUGAAAUGGACACACAGUUCACUCUAAGAGCCAGAGAGCUGCAAAGCAUCUACAAGUGUGUCAUGUUGAGAGACCUCUCUCAGGAUGAAAGGCUGGACAUACUCCUGACGCUCAAGCACACUGUGAAGGAACAUGAAUGUAAACUGACUCAAGAGAUCCUCGAAUUGAUUGACAGAGAAGUUGACCUCAUGAUGAGAGGCGUCAACCCUCGCAAUCUUGAAGGACUCAGAAAAAGAAUCACAACACUCUUUUUUCACUAUAUCAAAACACCCCUGUUUAAUCCUGAAGUUGCACGACACCUGAAGGUUCCUCAAGACCCACUGAAGUUUUAUGAUAAGAUUUAUUUCUGCCACAGUUGCCAGUUGUACUUGCCUUCUGUGGAAUUUUCUGUGUCACCCACCUCACAUCGUGUGUACCGCUGCCGGCACUGUGUGAACCUUGAAAAUGAGACUCAAAGACGGGAGUCGUUUUUGAAGUACAAGUGUUUACUUCAGAGGCUCUACUACUCAGAAGCUGGUUAUGGGGAUGACUCUCAGAUUGCUUUCCUCAUGCAGCUCCAAGAUAUUAAGUACUUGACAGAGAACAUCUGGGCAUCUCAGUCCAUCCUCAGUGCCUGGGAUGAUCUCAAUGACCUGGUCAUGGUCAGGUGGGAUAAGAACGUGGAAUGGUCUCCCUGGAACUGCAUUCUUCUCACCAAGGAUGAAGGGGUAGCUCAUCUCAAGCUACAGAGUAUUGAGCAGGGGUAUGGACGUCUUUUCAUUCACAAGAUCAAACACAAGCAUAUCCUGGCUAAAAACUAUUUUUCACAGAUUCCAAUGCUUGCUUCACUUAUGCUUCAAGAUGGGGAAGUAGAUGAUAUUAGAAGUAAAUACUGCACAGAAAAGCCACCUAAAAUUAUAGAAGCCCAUGGGACUCGACCUUAGGAGGUUCAGGAAUAUCAAUCUGAUGAUAGGCGUUUUGUGUCUACUAAGAGAGUAAUACAGAGGUCAUGUAAUAUGGGAACCACUUUUAUAUUUUCAUUUGUAUUUGUUUUAUUCACAGUAUUUUAAGCUAUAUGACUAGAAAAAAAUCUGUAUACAUGAACCAUUGUUGGAUGAUUAGUAUUUACAGUCAAAAUACAAUAGCCAAACAAAACCUUGCCUUAAGUUUCAAUGAAAAUAGCUUAUUUAACAUGUAUUUUAUGAGUGUAAUUAUUCUUUAUACAUACCUGUAUUUUGGUAUAAGUAUUUGGAAUUUUUUUCUUUUAUUGUCUACUUUUACCUAUUAUUUGCAUAAUCCAAGAAAAGAAAAUGUAACAAACAAAAAAUCUGCAUUACAUGCCAUGAAAUAAGGCAAACAGUGGAAAUGUUAUUUAUGGAGGAGACUUCCUGUGGGGCAAUGUUGAAAUUUUGUAAGAAGUAUGAACUUGAUCAAAUCAACUGCCAGCCUACUUCUCAAUAAACUCAACAAUAAGCUUGGCUCUAUAUCUGUCUGGAAUAUGUGAUGUGAUGAGUGCCGACACAUCCAGCGAUGGCACACCCCAAAUAGCAUGAUUCAAAAAGAGUUUAUUUGCCAAGGGACCUGUUCUAAGACAUACAUGAUGCAGGGAAACAGAAGGAACAGUGCUGGAGUCCAGGGCCAGAUCCAGACAUACUGAAUCUAUCCCACAGUCCCCAGUGUACUUGGAGAGGGAGAAGCCAGGGAACCCGGACAGAGUGGAAAGGGGAUAAGUAGAGAGGAUCAACCAACCUAAGAUGAUCCCAAGAAUCAGAAAAUAAGCCCUCAAUUUCACACUUCUGCUUUGUUCCAGUUGCCUUCUCUAAUGGGGAAAAUCUCAAAAGGAAAGAAACAGAGACUCAAAGUUCACAUGGCUUUAGAGUAAAGGACAGGGUAGAUAGUGGUUAACCAGGUAUGGAGGACUAAAUGAAAAACAUUGGAGAAGAAAAUGACCGAAAGUGGGAGAAGAAUCAGAUAGUAAUAUUUCACUUACAUCACAGAAUCAUAAAAACAUGUAUUUUGUUCUAAUCUUUUGUAAAUUGUGUUGUCCUUUCAAGUUUAGAGAUUAAUAAAUUCAUUGUAAAUAUUUGUUCCACAUAAACAUUUGAUAUUUUAGCAACCUAUAUCUAGCAUAUCUACAAUUUUCCUUACAUAGUGAGAGCAUGGCAUUUGUCAAUUGUCAUUAAGGAACCAAACAUUUAGAAGAAAAUUCUAUAGUACUGUUUCCUUGUUGAUUAAUAGUCCAGACAGCUUGAGAACUUUCAUAACAAAAACUUUCCAGUUAAGACUAGAAUAGAACUAGACUGAUAUUUGAUAUAAUGGGAACAGUUUAUCAUGAACACAUGCAGGUUUACACAGGAGUGGGAAUAACUGGAUUUUUUGCAACAUAGUUCAAGAGAAUUUGUCAUCUCUGAGAAGAACUGAGAAGGCAGUGAGAGAGAAAUAGCCAGUUAGGAUCAGGUGAAAGAUUCUAUGGGCCCUCUUGACUCACUGGGGAAGUAGUUGGUUAGAAUGUUGGCUCCUAGGAAUGGAAGACAAGGAGUAAACAGAGAGAAGAAAUAGGCAUCCAAAGCCUGGUAACUGGAGGUUGUGAUAUUUAUUUCCCCCGAUCAUUCUGUUUCUUUCUUGGUAUGUUGGAAGUGGCUGUGUUUCUCUAAGAUUAUGGCUUUGAUUGGAUCUGCCUCCAGCAUGGUGCAACUCUCCUUCAAUUUCCUUCCUGCUUUUCCGUCUUCCACUUGAAAGUCUGCUUUCAUUUUUGUAAGAAAUUUUAGGAUGUUUGCUUCUGUUAAUUUUC